CUCAUUUGAUACAAAAGAAGUGGAAUUGCUCUUAUAUAAAUUAGCAAACGCUCCGAUAUUAAUUUCAAUUUGUAAUUAAUUAUUGUUGAAUUCAAUAGAGACGACGUAAUAAUGAAUUGCUUAACUUUACUGUUCGUGCUGAUUACUCUCUUCAGUAUUAAGGCUUUGGCAUUAAAUCCAACUGAAGGGAUAACUCGACUGAAAAAUACUGUUAAUUCAGUGUCAAAUGAUCUUACACGAUAUAAUAAUAAUCUGGAAUUUAAUCUCAAUAUGAAAUUGAGUAAUCUUAAAUUGACUCAGAUGACAAAUGUUAAUAAUGCAGUUAAUCCAGCUCUCGACGAUACUCGUAAAGCAAUAGCCGAAGCCAAAAAACAAGGAAAAUAUGCUGAUCAUUGCUAUGAACCAACAAGAAGUCUAUUAGCAGAUGCUAGUAAAACUGCUUUCCGACAAUUAGAUGAUUGUGUAUCAGACCAGUUGAAAACUUUACAACCAGUCCAACAAAAUAUUAACAGUCAUCUUCUUAAUGGAAAAUUAUUGCUGUCUAAAUUGGACGGUAUUGCUAUUAGCUGUGCUUCAGCAGGUUCACCGAUGAAUGUACAGCUUUGUAUAGCACAAAAAAUGCCUGAAGCUAAUGGUGCAGUACAAAAUUACCAAUCGGUAGCAAAUCAGCUCAAGAGUACUGGAAAUUCACUUUCAAAUGCUGCUGAAGUGGAUACAAUUCGAUGCUUCCAAACUCCUAUGAGUAACUUGCAUAAAUCAGUAUCAUCAGCAAGAAUUUCAGCUACUACUUGUAUUCACAAUGCUCGAAGCGCUAGAAAUAGUAAAAAAUAUUAGUGUACAUGAAUAACUGUUAAGAUUAUUUCAUUUCUUUUUUUGAUAAAAUAGAUUUAAAUAACUUAUACAUAAUUAAUAAAUAAAUUUCGUAUUCAA